AGCGGUUGUAAAUUAUUACGCGACACGAUUAAUCGUUGUCAGGUCGUCGUUCCCAAUGUCAUAAAAAAAAAUAGUAAAAUUCAAAUGAAAACCGGCAACCGUAGUCUUUGGAUUGAAUCAGACGGCUUCAUAGAUAACCAAAUACAUAAAUUUGUUGUCAAAAGGCGCAGAGACUUAAAUUGUUGCCAUAAAAAUGCAUACAAAUUUCUUAACCUACAAGCGGAAUAACUGUCGGGAGCGAACUUGUUAUUCGCGGUUCAACGUGCCUCUGGAAUGCCGGACGUUCGGGUUGCCGGUGGAUGAAGUAAGAGAAGGUGAAGUCAAAUUGAGAAAGGAGAAAGGAUGCCGGAUUUCAGUCGAAGUGAAGGAAUGAAUAAGAACAGGGAAGAAAAUGGCCGUAGCUACUUCUAUUUACAUACACAAUAUGUAAACUCACGCGCCAUGAAGGAGAUGAUCACGACUGAAUCCACUGCUGGGUUUAACAAUCACUUUGUCACUAAUAAUGGUGAUACUGGCAGUAAUAGCAUUGGUGCUGGACCUAAUUCGAGAAGAUAUGCUGUACUUAGUACAGAAUGGAUUGGAGUUAUUGGAGAAGAACUUGGGAUACACCCUUUACCAGAUACACUUCUUAAAAGAUUGGCAGAAGAUGCAUCUUAUCGUCUCCGGGAAGUUCUUCACAAAUGCAUGACCAGACUUAAACACUCUAAAAGAAAACGAUUGACUUCGGGGGAUGUUAAUGCAGUUAUUACUACUCUUUGCGAUGUUGAUCCUGUUAUCGGUGCUCCAGAGAGAAUGCCUGAGUAUCACUCUGAAGCUAAAGUCUUCAUUCCUCAUGAUCGUAUAGUUGAUCUUGCUCAAAGAGUCAACGAUCCACCUAGUAUAGCACAGGUCAACUUUCCUUACCUUCAGGAAUCUGAAGUAGCUGAUUCGAGGCUGACUGAUGCUCGUAAUAGCUAUGCCAAAAAAGCAUUAAAAACAUUGUUCAAUGGCUCGCAGAAAACAUUUCAAGUCUUACUAAAUGAUUGUGCAACCAAUCCUCAAAUGGGUGGAGAAGGUGUCAUUGAUAAAUUAAUGUCAAUAGCGAGAUCGAUGGUUAUUUCAAACAACGCUCAAUAUACUCGAGUUUCCACAAGAACCUGCCAAUUAAUAAUAGUAGUUGCAAGCAACAGCGAAGCUGUUUAUCCAUAUCAUUUGACUUCGGUAGACAAAUUAACAGAGCUUUUGCUCGAAUUACUCUUAGGACAGAGUUUUAUUAAUCCAAAUCUAGAAACAUUAUUCAAAGAAUGUGCAUUGAAACUCAUGCUUCGUUGGCCAUCGGUAGCUGACAAAUACAUUCCUGUAUUGGAGAAUGCUUUGGUAAAAAAGGAAAACGAAAAUUCAGAAUAUGUUAAAAAUCGAAUAACAGCUAUGGAAUUAUUGGCAGGUGUACAGCCUCUCACAUUUUUCCAGAGUCCAAGUCACUCAGUUUGUUCCCCAGAGAAUAUUUUAUUGGCUACAACACGUGGGUCGACUCUCUGGCAGAGAAUAGCGUUCUCGGUUUACGCUUUUCUAAAGGCCGAUCGAUAUUAUUUAAUUCAACCAUCUAUAAUCGAACACUAUGGAGACUCUCUGUUACCUUAUAUAUACAUUAAAGAAGACAGGGUAAAGCAAGAGGAUCGUAAGAGUGUGCCGUUUCCAAUAAUUAUGAAAAGUAAAAUAAAAUAUGCGAAUGUGAAGCUAUCGUUAAACACAAAAGUGUACGGAGAUAGACAAAUAAUAUUUCCAGACUCGACUUUAAGAGGCCCUCGAAAGGAAAUCAGAUUCGCAUUCGCUGGCGGUAGACCUGUCCCAUCUAGUAAUCUACGAAGAGCUAGUCUCAGAGCGAAUUAUGAAAUUUUAAGAAGCGAUCUACGAGCAUCUUUCGCACUUGUUGCCUCGCGGAGGCUUCUUGUAUACAAGAACGACAAAAAAAGGCUUCCAAGUUUAUACAAUUUAGUUAACACUCAUCUGUAGGCAUUUUCCACAUCUCACGCUAUUUAUUUAUUUUUAACCCUUUCGUUACGGAUGCCGAUUAUAGUCGAUAUGUGUGCGACGACCUGUGACGACUGCCGUCACUAAGAGUUAUAAUUUGAUAUAUAUGCUCUUAAAAAAGUGUACAUACAAGAGAAUCCCAAGGUGGCGUUGAAAGACGUAAGUGCGAACACGAAGACUACCGACGUGCAAUUCGCACACUUUGCAGCGCGAUGCCUCCGUUCAGUGGCGUCACUCUAGCGGAGUGGACCGCCGUAACGAAAGAGUUAAGCAUAUUUUGUAUAUAGAUUUAUAAGACGAUGAAUUUCAAUUGACAAUGAAUUAUUACCGAGGACUUCAAAAAUCAAGGAGGGACACAUUAACUAUACAAUAUUUAAUAAAUGCAUUCUGUACCCUUUA